AUGCGGCUGAACUUGCGCCGGGUCCAGCCCGGAGCCCUGUUCGGCUCCUUUAUGGGCAUCCUCGACAUCAAGCUCGGCUGCGAGAUUGUUCUCCUAUUCGGUCUCAUCAACAAGGUCGCAGGUGUCUACGGCCUCAUCACUGUCCUUGUCGGCGGAACCUUUGUGCAGUUCCUGUUCUACGCGUACUCUGUCGUCACCUUGUUUGCGUUCCUCUGGGCCCUCGGUGUCAUCAAGAGUGAAACCGCACACAAGACACUCCUUGUCGCGCACCUGUACACGGCCGACCACGUCAUCCAGAGUGUGUUCCACUACCUGUUCUACUACCACUACUGGUUUGUGGAGGCACACGACGGCAAGCGUAUCCUCAACUCGCAGGCUCAAAAGGACAUUGUGGAGCUCGCAGCGUCCCGCGGCGAGAUCACACCUCUGAGCGGCACCGAGGGCCAAAAGGUCGACGAGAUCCAGGCUCAGCUCGCCCAGCAGAUCUGGAGUGACGAGAAGGGCUAUGCCCUGGGUCUCAUCAUCUUUGGAUUCCUCUUGAAGGUCUACUUCAUGACCAUCCUCUACUCGUAUGCGGCCCACCUCCGCUCGUCGACGUACCACACUCUGUCGUAUACCACCCACGCCAACGGCUCCUCGACCGGUGGUGUGCGCAACACGACCGUUGUCUCGUCGGCAGACGACGACGACCGCGAGCUCGCCAAUGCCGAGGCAGAGGUCGCCCGUCUUACCGACGAGGCCAACGGCAGCGCCAGCGGUAACGGCAGUGGCCACGGCAAGGCCAAGGCCAGGGAAGGACGGAAGAGUGAUGAUGACGACUUCAACUGGGAAUAA